CAUAGAAGAAGAAACAAGAUUCAUGGUUUCUAACUUACUUUUCUUUAUCCGCAGGAUAAAUAAGCAAAAAUGUCUUCAAUCAUGAAACCCAAAGAACUGUUAUCCGUAACUCGAGCAAAUGUGAAGGUUCUUGCUCACAUUUUAGAGAUCAUACCAGUUGGCACAUUCUCGCAAAUCAUGGCAACAACUCCUAAUUCUGGCAUCAAGGUUGAGGAGGUGCUCGAAGCAGUAUAUGCACGUUGGCGUGUAUCACGGCAUGUCCAAGAUAGCCUGAAAGGUACGGAUUGGGAGAAAAAGAUGUGUCACAUGAGAGAUCAAGGAUGCUGCGAGACAUGCUGGGCAGUAGUGGUGUCGGAGCUUAUUAGUGCGUUGCUCUUUAUUGAGGGCAUAGACAAGGAAUAUACGGAGUACUCAAUCCAAGAACUAGUUGAUUUUGCUGAUCCGUCGAAAGCAGGAACACAUAAAGACCGAAGACACUAUUGUUACACUCUAAGUAUAGGGAAAGGUUUGGACUAUGUACUCAAACACGGGCUUCAAGCCUUCAAAAGGCAAUUCAUAGGAACACUUAUCAGACUUAAGAGACAACCCAUUGGAGCUUCCCUCUACAUAUUCACGCCUGAUUACGUGAAUACUAAAGGGGGCGUUUAUCGUGGCCCCAUGGAAAAAGAGUCUAAACUAGAAGGAGUUCAUGCUGUUUCAAUUCUUGGUGUGACAGAGGAAAAAGGAGAAAUGUUGUUCAAGGGCACGCUUCCUGAUGGUAAGUUUGAGAAACCGACGCCAUUGAUCCAUCGGUUCUGCUGUCCAACUAUUAUUCCUAAAGCUAAAGGAGAGUCUAGCGCAAUGCAAUGCGACUAAGGUUGGUAAGUUUCUUUUAACUUUCUGUUUCUUUUCUUCCAAGUUUAGAUGAAUGAUGUUCGUGUUGUUUAAAGUUUAACGCAUUUUCAUCCUUCAGUUUCAGGGGAAUUCUGACGCCAAGUAGAUAUGGUGAGAGACUAACAUCUAUGGCUGUAUAAAGGAAACAGUGGAUU